UUUUUAUAAAGAAAUUUAAUUAAAAAUAUUAUUUAUGGAAGAAAAAUGUGGAAGAAAAUCUCUGAAUAAUUAUGGAUGAUUGUCAGCUGACUGCUGCAGGCGUAAUAUUUACUGGCAAAGACUGUCAUUGUAUAAAAAUAUCACAAUCAUUUAUUUCUACUCUCGGGUAUUUUUUGCUGAAGAAAUUAAAUCACUGAGUGGCUGAUUUUGCUAACCUUGAAAUGAAAAAAUCAAAAGAAGAAAAUUGAAUUGUUUAAAUAAAUCGGAUAUUUAUUUGUGAGCUUUUAUAAAAAUAUUUAUUAUUUUGUGAUGAUCUAGCAUUUAAUUGUUUGUGAUAAAUGUGCGAGCUGGUGAAAAAUAAUAUAAAUUAUUUUAAAGAAGACUAUGCCACCUUGAUAAUGUGGAUUUUGUACUGUAAAACUAAUAAAUUAAAUGAAGAAAAGUAGAAUAAAAUAAAAUAUAAACAAGGGGGUUGUGACCAAGGUGUCAUGCCCCCCGGGGCAAAAGGUGGGGCAGAGGGCCUAGAUCCCUCUUGUUCUGAGCUCCAUGAUAAUGAAGAAAUAACACCUGACAUAAUAGCACCGUCUUUAAGUCUUUUUCAGAGAUGUUACAGGCAUUUAAAGAGCUCUGGUGUGGGAGAAGCGAGUGUGUAUCAUGCAUUGGUGGUAAUAUUUUUGGAAUUCUUCGCUUGGGGUUUACUGACGAUGCCGAUAAUAUCUGUGCUAAACGAAACUUUUCCGGAUCAUACAUUUUUAAUGAAUGGUUUGAUAAUGGGAAUCAAAGGACUACUCUCGUUUUUAUCAGCGCCGUUAAUUGGUGCAUUGUCUGACGUUUGGGGAAGAAAAUUUUUUCUUCUGAUAACAGUCGCUUUCACAUGUGCACCAAUUCCACUUAUGAGUAUAAACACUUGGUGGUUCUUCGCAAUGAUUUCUAUUAGCGGAGUUUUUGCUUGUACAUUUUCUGUUGUAUUUGCAUACGUAGCAGAUGUUACUGAAGAAAGUCAACGAUCUUUAGCAUAUGGAUUGGUAUCUGCAACAUUUGCAGCAAGUAUGGUAAUUAGUCCUGCUUUAGGAGCAUGGACGAUGACCGUUUAUGGGGAAAAUUUAGCUGUUGCUUUAGCAACAGCUAUUGCCGUUCUUGAUGUAUUCUUUAUACUUGUCGCAGUACCGGAAAGCUUGCCUGAAAAAGCUCGGCCACCAGUUCCUAUAUCUUGGGAACAGGCUGAUCCAUUUGCGGCUUUAGGAAAGGUUGGAAAAGAUCAUACCAUAUUGAUGCUGUGUGUCACAGUAUUCUUAAGCUAUUUGCCCGAAGCAGGUCAAUAUAGUUGUAUAUUUGUUUACCUGAAACUCGCAAUGGGUUUUUCAGCUGUAAUGGUUGCGGUAUUUAUUGCCAUUGUUGGUAUUCUAAGUGUUGGAGCACAAAUAUUGCUUGGUCCAUUAAUGAAGACACUUGGUAGUAAACAUACAAUCAUGCUUGGUUUACUAUUCGAAAUGCUUCAACUCAUGUGGUACGGAUUUGGAUCACAGACUUGGAUGAUGUGGGCAGCUGGAGUACUUGCAUCAGUCUCCAGUAUCACCUAUCCUGCGAUUUCUGCAUUCGUAUCAAUGCAUUCAGACGCAGAUAAGCAGGGACUAGUUCAGGGAAUGGUUACAGGAAUGCGAGGUCUAUGCAAUGGCCUUGGGCCAGCUAUGUUUGGUGUUAUAUUCUAUUUAUUUCACGUCGAUCUCAACGACGAAACGCCGUCACUACCUCUAAAACCUUCUUUUUUGGAAGACAGUAAUCAAACAGGAACUACUAUACAUAUAGACGUUGUUCCGCAGAAUGGGUUUCAGUUGGUGCCAGGACCUCCCUUUGUAUUUGGUGCAUUACUUGUGAUAUGCGCGCUAUUAGUAGCUGCGUUUAUUCCUGAUGAAACAAGCCCAAUGGCAACAGGUCCAUUGCAUCAUCACUCUUCCACAUCACGCAGGCCAUCUGGUAAAUACGCAUAUCAAAAAUGUACGUUACAGGUUUUCCGUUUAUUGCUAGAGAUGGAUGCAUAAGCUUCUGGUGGUUUAUCAUUGGACGUUCAUUUUGAACCGGAAAGAAUCGUCAGUGGUCGUAGUAAAGUAGGACCACUGUCUCCUCUAGUCGACAACUGCAAUUCAGCAGCUCUCUAGCCAUUUUUUCCGGUAUUCCGGCAAGUUGUCAAUAAUAAACAUAGAGAAAAGGCCUAUGCUGCCAAUUAAUCGAAGGUUGUAGGGACUUUCAGGCUUUUUAAAGUCCAUCUCUGUGUUUGAUAUAGA